UUUUUGAACGAUUUCUCAGAUACGUGAGAAGUGAAUGAACGACCGAGAGGUUCGUGAAGAGCAAUCGCGUCAGUUCACCAUUCUGUAACUCUUGGAACACAUGGCGACUAUAGAAGAAAUCGACAGUGGCUUGGGAUCACUCAGAGGAGAUAGCAAAUCUGCGUCUCCCGAGCUUCUCUUGGGUACAAGAUGGGCCCAUGAAGCCGACGAUUUUGACGACGAUGAUUUGGACGAAACGUUGUCAGAGCGGCUUUUUGGAUUAACGGAAAUGUUCCCGGAAUCCGUCCGGUCUGGUAGCGUGAAGCUCGCCGCAUUGUCUGCGAAGGCUGUGAAGAAUAUUUACGGGUUCAGCCGGAGUGCUGUAUGGGUCGUGAUCAGUUCCUCAUUGAUCCUCUUUGCUCCCGUUGUCUUUGAAAUUGAAAGAGCGAAAGUGGUUGAAAGCCAGCGGCAACAUCAGAGACAGGUAUUACUUGGUCCGGGAGCCGCUGUUGGAGCGUCUCCAAUGCAAGGAAUGAGUAUGCCCAUGGGCAUGGGUGUUCCACCACCGACCCAAUAA